AUGAAAAUACCAAUUACCAUUUUAGUCCUAUUUAUCAUUUUAAAAUGUGUUUUAUCUUUUAAUUUAAGCAUUGAACCAAAAGGAAAUAAUAUCUCUUUAGAUAAACAUAUUAAGAAAGAAACUAAUAUUGAUCAUUCGAAAAAUAAUAUCAUUGAAGAAUUUGACAAACUUUCAGAUGACUUUAGUAAUGAUAUAAAUGCAACAAAGCAAACUAUAAAAGAUUUAUUUCUCGACAUAGAAGCUUCGUUUGAAGAUACUUCUGAUGAUGUUGUGAAACUCCUAUCAAAAUACAGUUUUGUUCCAGAAGAAAAAUUGAAUAUUAUAGAUGGAAUUCUUCGAUCUUUCAUUGAAAACAACAAAACCCACGUUAUCAAUUCCUCAAAUGCUUAUAUAUAUAUACAAAAAGAAAAAAUAAAAAAUGUUUGUAACUUUAUAUUAAAAAAAUUAAAUAGCCUAAUUCAAAUAAACGAACUUAAUAAAAGUCACAUCAUUUUAAAAUAUGGAAAAGGAGAAGCAAAAAAGGGGGUUUUAGAAUCAAUAAAGAACAACGACGAUAUAUCCAAAAAUCUAAAAUCUGAAUUAUUGAAAUAUGAAAAUGUAAAUAACCAAAAUAUAAGGGUAUCAGAAUUAAUUAACUUCAUAACUCCUAUUUAUGACGAUUUUAUAAAAAAUUUAACUGAUUUAAUUAAUGAUUUACAAAUUAAACUAAAGAAUAUUUCAAAAUAA